AUGUUUGUUCAAUUUACAUUGGGGUGCUAGCGUCUUGAAGCAAAGAGCACAAGCAGAAAACUAGCAAAGUAUCAACUUUUGGACUGCAUGUGCUAAGAUGAAUUGGGCUGUCGUCUGUUUAUUUUACAUUUUGGUGUCAUGUAACGAAAUCGGUGGAAAAAACGUAAAGUGGGAAAAGAAAUUUGAUCUUGUUGAAUCAUGGGAAGUUGGAAACUUGAUAAAAAAAAAUGCAAAAGACCAAACAAAACUUGAAUCAAACGUAGGCGAGUUUGCCGCAUUACGCGAACAGCCCGUGAAAGAGAUACGUGUAAAAAGAGACGCUUACGGUUCAAGUGGUUCAGAUGACAAUAUCUGUACAAGACGCAUAGAUCUGGGUUUUGUACUGGAUGGCUCUGGUAGCAUUGGAUCUAACAACUUUCAAAAAUACUCCAAUUCGUAAAAGACAUUCUUGAUCACUUCAUGAUUUCUGCUUCCGAAACACGUUUCUCCGUGAUAUCGUAUGCCUCAUCACCGACGCUAUACAUCACAUUCUCUCAAACGUUUGCCACCAAACAAGCCCGUGAUUCGGCCAUCAACGCUAUAUCGUAUCCCGGUGGGGGAACCGCUACAGGCGCCGCUUUAAACUUAGCUUACAACAGAAUGUUCCAAACAAGUAACGGUGCUCGGAGUACUGCAGAUGUUACUAAAGUACUGAUAGUACUGACAGACGGAUAUAGUGGCGACAGUGUUACGCAACCAGCACAAAGACUAAAGAAUGACGGAGUCAUCGUAUACUCCAUUGGAGUGGGAGCUGGGGUUUCAAACACUGAACUUAAUGAGAUUGCAUCACUUCCAUCAAAUGAGCACGUGUUUUUGUUGAACAAUUUUCAAGCGCUCGACUCGUUCGCAAGUCGCAUGUCCUCCACAACUUGCAAAGCAAACUCAUAUCAUCUUAUGUGUGGAUCAAGUAAUAUAACGUUAGUAAUUGGUGCACACUCAUUGGCGAAUCUGGACAUGAAUAAUGCACACCUCCUUGACACAAGCUGCAAGGCAAGCCACAAUAAAACCCAUUUGUUCAUCUCUACGAUACAAAAUCAAUGUGGGACAAUCUAUACUCAGACCCAACAAGAGAUAAUUUAUUCCAACACAUUGACCAUACGAAGAAAAUCCAGUGGCUCGGUCAUCACCAGAGAAAAAGAGAUCAGAAUUCACUUCCACUGUACUUACAGCCGUACGGUCAAUAUAAGCGGUGUUACUUUCGAACCACCGGAUCCUGUGCUUGAAAUCACACAAAAAAGUACUGGUAACUUUACGAUCGAACUUGGUUCCUUUGCAAACUCUCAAUUUUAUCCGUCAACCAGUGAAAAUUAUCCCUCUUUCAAGAGCUUUGAUGAUUACAUCAACAUACAGUACAAAGUGUUGACAGCCAACCCUGACAUUGUUAUUCGAGCUAAGUCAUGUCAUGCUACACCAACAAACCAAGCUUUCGCUACACCUCAGUAUCCAAUUAUCGCCGAAUAUUGCGACAAAGACUCGACAAUCACUCAUGUCACAUCGGGAUUGCAGCAAACUCAUCAAUACCGCAUGCAAGUCUUCCGAUUUCUGGUUGAUCAUACAUUAGUCUACAUUCAUUGUACACUAAAAUUGUGUAGUAGAAGUAUACAGAACUCAGUGUGUACACGAAGUACCACGUGUCCUGCCAGAAGACGUCGUGACGUUGCCUCCCCAGAUGCCACAGAUCAAGAUUAUAUGGUUUCUCUUGGUCCAUUUACACUAAAACAAACAUCAAGCAACAAUACUAACGGGAACAAUACAAACACACCGAGAAACGAUACAAAUGUGAACACGGACAUAUCAAGAAACAAAAUUAAAGAGGGCAAUAAUGACACAUCAAGAAACGUUACAAUUGUGAACAAUAAGGACAUAAGAAACAAUACAAAUGUGAUUAAUAAGGACACGCCAGGAAACGAUAAAAAUGAGAACAAAAACGACACAUCAAGAAGCAAUACAAAUGGGGAUAAAGACAUAUCAAAAAACGUUACAGAAGUAAACAAUAAUGACGAUAAUGAAGGUGAAAAGAAAGACGAGACCGACCUAAGAAAUUCAGGUCAAUGCAAAGCAUCCAGUUCAAAAACGAUGAUUUUGUUCUUGAUGGUUGGUAUGGGGCUGUCUACCUACCAUGUGUUGUUUACAUGAUGAUAUCAUACGUAUCUAUCUCAUACUGCUAUGAGUAAGAGGUAUUCUUUUACUGACACGGGAAAUGAUUGUAAAAGAAGUCGAACUUUUUCAACUGCACAAAACAAUUUCACAUCUAUGAGUAGUAUUCAUACACAUGCACAGUUGCAGAUUCGGCGUUAGUUAAACUAUAAAUUACAAAAGCUCAAUAUCUGGUAGGAUAUAGUUCUUUGCAAAUUCUUAACCAAUUAGCAGGUACAAUUAAUAUAUUUUGCCGAAACGCAGAAAAUCAAUUGAUUCUUUACUCACUUGCAUGCAAAAUCUUUUACAAACAGAUAUGUCCAAUGAACAUUUUACAUAAACACUAUAAUUCCUAAUAGCUGUUUAAAAUGUCAAUGUUUGAGUACAUAUAAUAAACUCAAACCAGACCUUAAACCACAUGUAAAAUACUAUACUGAUAUUAAACAACUGAUAGGUUACAACGUUCGGAUUGGAUGAUAACAAAGCACCCACUUUUUACCAUUAACUUCUAUGCACAUGUAAAACACUUAAUUUCCCAUAUAUUUGCACCAUAUGCCUGCAACACUACACUUCUCUGCACAUUUUCUUUAGUUUUAGUAUUUAUAUAUUUAUGACAAACUGGCAUCUAUGAAAGUACAUUAAUUAAAACAUUUAUAAAAUCAUA